AUGGGGAGGCUCUCGCCAUCGUCGAGCCGCUCGUCGCUGCAGGUCCUCACCCCGACGGCCUACAUGGAAGACGACGCGCCGGCGCACGCGCUCUGGCGCUCCCGCGACGACCCCCGCACCUCGUCGACGCAGUCCCUGGUCCCCUCCCUGGACGAGGCCGGCGCCGGCGCCGGCGCGAGGCGCACGCUCCUGGUCGUCUACGUCCACGGCUUCAUGGGCAACGACAGCUCCUUCCGCUCGUUCCCGGCCCACGUGCACGGCUUCCUCCGGGCCGCGCUGGCCGAGACCCACGUCGUCCACUCCAAGAUCUACCCGCGCUACAAGACGUACAAGGCCAUCGAGGUCGCCCGCGACAACUUUGGCGACUGGCUCGCGCCCCACGAGCACGGCGACACGGACGUCGUCCUCGUCGGCCACUCGAUGGGCGGCCUGCUCGCUGCCGAAGUGGUGUUGAUGGUUCGUUGCAAAAACUCCUCUCUCUCUCUCAAGACACCAUCACGCAUGAUUACUGAUAUACAAGGUCAGCCUCAAGAAGAUCCGCAAGUGGACUACCCCUUUCAGCACCGCAUCCUAGGCACGAUAUCGCUCGACUCGCCCUUCCUGGGCCUUCACCCGGGCAUCAUCGUCUCCGGCAUCGCGAGCCUGUUCCGCAAGGCCCCAGAGCCAAAGCCAGAUGUGGCGGGCGCCGCCUCCCAGGGCAUGGACGGCCUGACCCUGAACCAGAACGUGUCCGGCUCGAUCUCGCCAGACCCGUCGCUCUACAACGAGAUGACCUCUCUCUCGGGCGUCCAGUCCCCGGCAAGCUCCAGCGUGCUGUCCCCCACCACCACCAACAACAACACCGCGACGUCGUCGUCGUCAUCGUCGCAGGCGCAGGCGCAGAGCUCGUCGGACCCCUACUUCAACCCGGCCUUCUUCAACGACCGCCUGCUGCAGGACCGCGGCUGGUUCAGCAACAUGGUCCACUUCGCCAAGAAGCACCAGCCCGAGGGCAUCGUCAGCGCCGCCCGCCAGCACAUCGUCAACCACCUCGAGUUCGGCGCCUGCCUGGCCGACUACGUCGGCAUGAACCAGCGCUACACCCGCCUCCGCCGCCUCGAGGACGUGGACGACUUUGCUACCGCGGCGGCGGCGGGUAGCAGCGGCAGGAGGGCGGAUGUUGCCCGCGUGCGCUUCGUCAACUACUACACGCUCUCGACGGGGCGGAUCAAGAAGGACGACAAGGACAAGGGCAAGGACAAGAGCCGGAGCCGGAGCCCGUCCCCCAGCGGCGCCGGCAGCAGGCCCCGGGCGGGCACGCAUCUGAAGCCGGCUGAACGGGCCUCGGUCGGAGGAGGAGGAGGAGGAGGAGCAGCAGGCUCGCCGUCUGCCUCGGCGCGCAGCUCGGUGGACGGCGGCGGCGGCGGCGGCGGCGGCGGCGGCGGGUCGGCCUCGCGGUCGUCGUCCACGCCGAGGAUCUCUGUCGAGGACCACAGCGACGGCGCGCGGGUCCAGGUGCUGGAGACCAUCUCGCCGGCCGCCGACGGCCACCCGCCCCCGUAUUCCCAGACCGACCCCCUCCGCUCGGGCGGCGCGGAGGGCAAUGCCAGCGCUACCCCUGCUGCGGCGGAAGUCACCGGAGGAGAAGAAGAGUCGCCCGCAGACCCCAAGCAACAACAAGAUGCCACACCAGCCGACCCGGAGGAACCCACCACCAGCACCACACUCAGACUGGCACCGCCGCCAUCGUCAUCAUCGCCAUCCACGUCCGUACUGCUUCCCCCCAUCCCGGACGCGCCGCCCCCGCCGCAGCUGCCGGACCUGGCCGGCAUCGCCGACAAGGACGCCCGCAAGCAGGCCGAGAAGGAGAGCAGGCGGGUGCAAAAGGCGUACGACAAGGCCGUCAAGGACCGCGACAGGGCCCUCCGGGAGCGCGCGAAGCUGGUCGAGAAGCGGGAGAGGCGGGCGCACAAGGAGGCGGAGAAGCGCCUGAGGGAGGAGCAGAAGAGGCGCGACAAGGAGGACAAGGACAAGGACAAGGACAAGGACAAGGACAAGGACAAGGAGAGGAGGCAGAAGGCGGCGCGGCGGCAGCAGCAUCAGGUUUCAGCGGCGGCGGCGGAGGAGGAGGAGGAGGAGGAGGAGGAGGAGGAGGAGGAUAAUACUGCCACGCCGUCUUCGGCGACGGGGUCGUCGUCGACGGCAGCGGUCGACCAGCCGCCCGAGGGCGAGAGCCACGCGGCUACGGCUACACCACCACCUGCAGGCGGCAAGCCCAAGGCCGAGGCCGAGAAGGAGAAGAAGAAGAAGCCCCCCAAGGAGCGCAAGUUCUGCACCCUGCCCGGCAAGCGCAACGGCGCCGCCGACGAGACCUGGGUCCCCAUCUACAUGGCCGACACGGACGAGGUCGGCGCCCACUGCGGCCUGUUCUUCCCCGGCCCGCAGUACGACAGGCUGGUCGGGGACGUGGGCAGCCGGAUCGUCAGCUGGGUGCACGAGGAUGCGAGCCGGAGGGCCAUACUCGAGCUGGAUUAA